AUGCCGUGGACUUCGUAUACCGGUGUUUCUACGCCAGGUUCUGCAUCUGAAACCGCCUCGACGCCGAGCCCAAAGAGCUCCAACCGCACUCAUGGGUCUUUUCUGAAUCCGAACGACAACAUCCCACACGCUCACACCCAUCGAGGCUCGUCACCGUCAAUGUCCCGUCGUACGCAUUCACGGUCCUUCAGCAAUCCGUUUCCGUCUCUCUUUGGCGGGAAGAAGAAGCUAGAUCAGCACGCCAGCCGAAACCCACUCCUAGACGUCAUAGACCAUGAGCCUAGCCUUCAACAAGGACUCUCUCGAUCAUUAAGCCCUGGCAGGCAUCGAGGCUCACCGGCGCCUGUACCUCCGGAUCACCAUGUAAUUCGGAGAUGUAUGACUUGCGACCAUUCAAAUUCCUUUCCUUAUGGCAAAAAGGGCUUCCGAUGCGGGAAGUGUACAAUGAUGAAUGAUUUAGAGCUCUCUGGCUCCUCUCAGCUCCGAGUCCCGUCAUGUGAUGGAAUGGGAACCCCUGAUCUGCUUGCGCAAGGAAGAGUCUCUGUGGAAAGAACGCGCAAAAUCAUUAGUAACUGCAUUCGAUCCUAUUUGACUGCCCAGCUUGAAAGCUCUGAGAAACUUACUCCACCGCCAAAUCCGGGGGAACCUUUGAUCCCAGGGCGUGAGGUGUCGGAAGGUGGUUUAAAUUGUCCUCGUGAACCAUUUCUUGCCGAGAAGACUCUACCCAAAGUUGACGAGCAUCCUGCUGAGCUGGCAGAGCCGGCAGUCAAACCCGACGACUUUAUUGGCGACGGCGCCCGUGUGGACGGGACGUCCUCUCCAGGACGAGGUCAUACUGCACCUUCAAACAAGGCGCAUGAUCUGAUUGACCGUCGUUCUGUGAUAAUGAAGAGGACUAUUGGCCUCCUAUCUAACUUACCUGGUGAAUGUCAUCGCUCACUAGUAUCGUGGUUUUCGAGGCUUCCCGAAAGCCAGUUUCGCCGGCUUGUUGAUUUGGUUGGCAGCUUCGUCACACAUCGACUUAAUAGGGCUCAGAAGCGGCGACCUAGUAAGUCAGCUAGACUUGAGGACAAUCUGGGAGAAUUUGUCCCUACUUUCUCCGGGCCUAACACUACGACACCGGCGCAGCUGCACUCGGCAUUGCAGCGGGACAACAUCUCCAAGUCACCAAAUCCCGAGUACAAAAAUCUGAGUUAUAGUGAUGAUUGGCAAAUAAAAGCGGCCGCUCGUGUAAUGGCUCUGUUAUUCCGCGCAAAUUAUGCCAGCCACGGCCGGAGAAUGGAGCAUCCAAUGUUGCAUGGACCACAUGACAUUCACGACCGUCUACAUAUGAUCCCCAUAAAUGCUUUCUACAGCACAUUGCUUGAUUACUCCGAUCUAAUUACGGAUUUCGAGGCCUGGGAAUCUCGAAGUGGAAAGUUCACAUUUUGCCAAUACUCCUUUUUCCUUAGCAUUUGGGCGAAAAUACGGAUUCUGGAGCACGACGCCCGUCGUCAGAUGGAGGCUAAAGCACGCGAAGCAUUCUUUGACAGCAUUUUAGGGCGUAGGGGAACUAGCCAGUACCUCGUACUUAAAGUCCGGAGAGAAUGUUUAGUCGAAGAUAGCCUUCGUGGAGUCAGCGAGGUUGUUGGAUCUGGGCAGGAAGAAAUUAAAAAAGGUCUUCGCAUUGAGUUCGUUGGUGAAGAGGGUGUUGAUGCUGGCGGUCUGCGCAAGGAGUGGUUCUUGUUGUUGGUGAGAGAGGUGUUUGACCCUUUGAAUGGUUCUGACAUGAUCGCUCGCAUCGCAGGUCUAUUUUUGUACGAUGAAGAUUCCGGUUAUUGCUACUUCAAUCCGUAUUGUUUCGAGUCUUCGGAGCAGUUCUUCCUAGUUGGUCUUGUAUUUGGCCUUGCGAUUUACAAUUCUACCAUCCUCGAUGUCGCAUUACCACCGUUUGCUUUUCGAAAAUUACUGGCCUCUGCAAGGCCAAAUAAUAUUCCAACGCUAUCAACUCCCUGUCAACCCUUUAGGUGUACAUUGGAUGACCUGGCAGAAUAUCGCCCAACGCUCGCCAGAGGCUUACGACAGCUCCUCGAAUUCGACGGCGACGUUGAAACCACUUUUUGUCAGGACUUUGUGAUCAACGUGGAGCGGUAUGGUGAAACCAUGGAGGUCGCCCUCUGCCCUGGAGGAGAAAAACGACCCGUGACAAAUUCUAAUCGUCGAGAAUUCGUUGAUCUUUACGUCAAAUAUAUGCUCGAUGGAGCGGUCUCGAGACAGUUUGAACCUUUUAAACGAGGAUUCUUCACAGUGUGCGGUGGGAAUGCUCUUCACCUCUUUAGACCUGAAGAGAUUGAGCUUCUAGUACGUGGCUCGGAUGAAGCGCUCGAUAUCCCUUCUUUGCGUGCUGUGGCCGUGUACGAGCACUGGCCGGCAGCCAACCCCGAGCGGGAACCGGUUGUGAAUUGGUUCUGGGACUUUUUUGCUCGAGUUUCCCCUCGGGAUCAGCGCAAAAUAUUGAGUUUUAUUACUGGCAGUGAUCGAAUUCCGGCGAUGGGUGCAACAAAUCUGGUAAUUCGCCUGCUUUGCCUAGGUCAAGACUCAGAGAGGUUCCCAAUAGCGAGAACCUGCUUCAACAUGCUAUCUCUGUAUCGAUAUCAAACGCGCGAGAAGUUUGAGUCGAAGUUAUGGCGAGCUGUGGUUGAAAGUGAGGGCUUUGGGUUGAAAUAA